AUGCAGAAAAAUACACCAUCAUCUAUUGGUGCUUACAUACCUGCUUCCUUAGUACAAAAUAUUCUUGGCUGGCAUGAACAAGCGUUAGAAACUAUCUCGGAUCAAGUUAAGACUACAAGAGCCACCCAAGAAGAAAACAUUUGUUUACGUCAAAAAAUUGAUAAACUCGAAAAAGAAUUACUUUCUCUAAAGCAUAACUAUUUAAUUCGACACGCUGCUACGGGCGAAAAAAGUGAAAUUUCGAUGGAUUUAGAUGAAAGAAUAUCAAAAUCAAUUGAUAUUGAUAUUGAUCAUAUUGAUAAACAAGAAAACUUUACAGAACAUCACCAAAAUCCGCGUGCAUUUCGCUUUUUGUCUUCAUCAACGAGUAUUGCAUAUGAAAAUGUUUCUUCGGGUUUGACACAGACUGAAUGGACAGUGAAAUAUUCAGAGCUCAAAUCAAAAUAUGAUAAACAAAUGGAAGAAUUUCAAGCCUUUAAAGAACAUUAUGCGAAAAGAUCAGUAGAAUGGAAACGUUUCAAAAAAUGGAUUUUAAAGGCAAAACCUGAAUUGAUUCAGUCACAUACAGAAAAGGAAAUAAUGAAUGGUGCUUCUAGAUCAAAUACGGAGAUUAACUCUGAACCUCCCGAAAUUGAUAAUAAAACCAAAAUAUGUGGUGCUCUCACUGAUAUCACAAACGUACAAAAGCAAGUUACCAAUAUUUAUGAUGACGACAAUGAUUCAAUUAUCGACAUCAAUAACAUCAAUAACACAUCAUUAUGUUCAUCAAAUACAAAUAAUGACGAUAACCAAAUUUCGUUCCAAACAUUUUCUUCCGAUUUUGAUGAACUAAGCUCAACAUCAAACGAUCUUGAGAAUCGUGCUCAAAUUUGUAACCGAAAUUUAGACUUUUCAAUGAAAAAUAAAAAUUAUGAUUCACAAAUUGGAACAAAUUUUAAAAAUCCAAUUGAUGUCGAAAAGUAUGACAAUUGGUUUUAUUCCGAUGAUGAGGUUGUUCAAAAAUCAAAUAGAAAAAGAUCAGUUGAUAUGGUUAACAAAUUAGAAUCUAGAUUUCCAUCAUCAGUUAAUAACAAAAAAUGUAAACAAAUAUUCUCAAAAGAAAAAGAAAGCGAAGAUUUAACAUUAAUACAGUUGAAAACACGAAAUGAUGAUGAAUCCACUACAGAAGUCAUUAUUUGUGAUGAUGAUAUAGAAGAAAUGGAAUUACCUGCCACAUCAAACACAUCAUUUAAUAAAAAGAAUAAGAAUAAAUGUGACUCCGAACCUAACUAUAGAAUUAUAGAAGCAUCAAGAAAAAAGAGUGACCGUUGUAAAUGGAAAGGUGAAGAUUGUCGUGAUUGUCAUCGAUUCUAUAAAGUUGCAGGUCCAUUACCAUUACCAGAUUCUGUUAGAACAUUUGGAUACGGCCAUGAUAAUAACGAUCAGGAACAAAGUCCUGAAUUACUUAUUGAAGCUCAUAUGCAACAUGUCUCACGACAUCGAACUUUAUACAGUCGCCCACUUACUCCUCCAGGGUUCUGGGAAGUCGACUUUCCUACGACUCAAAGAAUAGGGGAAAAUCAGGAAAAGACUAAAGAAUAUUCCAAGAAAAGGGAAGAACAAAAAAGAAAAGAACAAGAAUAUGAGAAAGAUCGAGAAAGAAAGUGGAAGAAUACUUUUAAAUAA